GAACAUAGCCCCAGGGUUCUGCGGAGAAAAGAUGCGAAAAUAAAGUGCAUGAAGUGCAACGAAGACUUUAGUUUCUGAGUCAUCCGAUCAACCAUUUUGUAUCGUUUGAAAUUUUGCCGACUUAUCAAUCGAUCUGCGUAGCACGUCAGCGUUUUUUUCACCACUCUCAUUGGUCGUGAUUCAGCAAUCUGAUCUUUUUGAUUCUUGCGUAACCAGAGUUGUCGCGCAGUCAACAGCGAACGAUCGACCUCGAUAGCCGGUUCCGAGUGAUCUGCGAUAGCUCCAAAAUGACGGUGAAAGCGGUCUGUGUCCUUCAGGGCGAGCCUGUUAAGGGAACAGUGUACUUUGAACAAGCGGAAGGUUCAAAUACGGUGAAGGUGACUGGAGAAAUUUCUGGCUUGCAGAAAGGCCUGCAUGGUUUCCACGUUCAUGAAUUUGGCGAUAACACCAAUGGUUGCACGAGUGCUGGCGCCCACUUCAAUCCACUGGGCAAAGAACAUGGUGGUCCGAGCCAUGCUGAGCGUCAUAUUGGAGACUUAGGAAAUGUGGAGGCCAAUAGCGAUGGUGUUGCUAAGGUCAACAUCACUGACUCCAUGAUUCAGCUGUGCGGAUCGCACAGCGUCAUUGGACGAACUCUUGUGGUCCAUGCUGAUCCAGAUGAUUUCGGUCAGGGUGGUCACGAGCUCUCGAAGACUACCGGCAACGCUGGCGCUCGUCUUGCCUGUGGUGUUAUUGGCAUCACGAAAACACAGUAAAUGUGUUGAAGAUGAUUCGAAAAGUUGAAGUAUGAAGGUUAUAUUAGAAAUACAUUAUUUUCUUACGAUUCUUCGGUUCUGAGCUCAGCUAUGUAAAGCUUAGCUCAAAUGUCAUUUCUUAUUUUUUGUAAAAGCGAUGAGAGGAGUUGUUGGUUUUGUUCUAUAUGGUAAUACAGAAGAGAAGUCAGUUAUUUGACUAAUGCAUGUUACUUGUGAAAGAUAAAUAAUAAAGACUAUAUCAUUUUAAAGAUGUA